AUGGUGCCAGAGGACUGUCUAAUGGAGAUUCUCCAAUGGCUUCCAGCCAAAACCUUAUGCAAGUUGAAGACGGUGAGCAAGACUUUUCUAAAGUUAAUAUCCGAUCCCUUCAUCCAAACUCUUCAUGCAAAUCAUGCCAAAACCGGCAUCAGCAUCAUCAACAUCACUAGGUCUACGACGUUUGAGAUCAUCCCCAUUGAUCAUGAUGUCUUUAGUAUUCCAACAGAAUCCUUGUUGUUCUUGACAAAAUACAGCAAAAAAAUAAUGGCAACUCUUCGUGGGUUGAUUGUCUUCAAGAGUUCUCUCAAUGACUUCCGGGUGUUAAACCCUUUUACCAAGAACUUCUCCAUCAUCUCUCCUCCUCCAGGCAUGCUGAUGCAUUACAUGGUCUUGGGCUUGCGCUCAAUCAAUGACAAAGAUUAUGAGAUGAUAUGCGCGAUCAACAAAAUAUCAAAAUCAUCAGGGAAUCCUGCGUUGGAGUUUUGGCGAUACUUAUCUGGUGAUAUGUCAUGGGAAUAUCUUGCAGAAGUUGAUUCAAUUGUUAGAUGUAUUGUUCUUCAUUUGGCAGUGUUUUUGAGUGGAUUUGUUUUCUGGCCUGUGAGUUUUAGGCUAAAUAUAACAGAUGGAGAAUAUCAAGGUAUUGUUUUUGACAUUGAAAGGAGGAGAUUACAGUCUGUGCUUUUGCCUGAAGAAUUUUCAAGAGUGAGGAUUCGUCAGAUUGAGUUAAGUUUUACCGCUUGGCCUGAUGGAUCAUUGUGCAUGAUUCAAAAUAAGAUGAAAGAGAGACGGAUAGUGAUAUGGUUGAUGAGAUCUCCAUUUUCUUCACAAAUGGAGUGGAUUAAAGUGCAUGAGAUUAAUCUGAGGGAUUUUGGAUUGAAGGGCAAACCGUCUUGUCACACUAUGAUCCGUGAUGAAUUGCUUGUGUUUUCUACGAAUAAUUCAGUACGGGUUUAUAGUUUUUAUGAACAUUCGGUGAAGAAGGUGGGGAGAUUUAAGGAAAGCCAACGUGAUUUUGUGAUACCUUAUGUUGGGACUUUUUCUUCCAUGUGGAAAGGUAGAGCAAUCAAUUAUGAGCAUGGAAUAGCGACAUCCUUCUGGUUUAUUAUGCACAAUGUUUUUUUCUUUAUUGAGAAAAAGGCGUAG